AUGGCUAGUCAAAGCAGUAGCAAGCAAGAAGAAAAGCAAAUAAGUCAUCAAGGAAAAAAGUCAGAUGAUAGUUCUGGAAGCAAGGCUCUAACCGUUUCUGCAAUGGUGUCUGUUGCUUCAGACAUGAUGUUCUCUUUGCUGGAAACCAUGCAAGUACAAAAGAAAGAAGGUAAAAAAGUGCCAGCUUGUGUAUUUCUGAAGAAAGUUCUCCUGGAACACACCAAGGAAGUCAUAUCUGACCUGAUAGACUCGACCAUGAAAAAUCUGCACAGUGUCACUGGAGUGCUCAUGAAAGACACUGACUUUAUAUCAACACUGAAUAAGAAUCUGUUCAAUGUAGGAAGCCUGAAAGCUGCUGAAAUUUUGGAUGCAAUGGUGAGACGCCUGCUUAGGGAUUUAUCAGAUGAUAGAGGGCCUGCCGCUUCUCAAAGCCUAGCAUUUACAGCACUUAAAGCUAGGUCCCAGUCAGAUGUAAAAUCUCAAGGCAUGAGAAUUUCAGCAAUGAAGGGUGAAAUGCAUAAUCUAGGUAAAGAUAGGGACAGAGGAGCCAGUACGUCUCACUCAUCGGAGAAGUAUUCAGAAAAACAUUCCUCAAUGGAUAAAUAUGCAAAAGAUCUUAUCACGACUGCAUUAAAGCUGAUAAAACAGUAUUUACUGCAUCAGACAAAUGGUAACUCUUCUGAGUAUGGCGGCUCUUCCUUUGGGUAUGUCCAUCGAGAUACUCACUUAGAAAAUGCUGGGACAUGCCACAGCUCAAAAUCCCUCGCAGCGUAUUCAAGAAGUGAUCUCCAUGAUCAAUCCGGUUUUCAAAAGGGAGACCUAGCAAGUAGCUUCUUAAGCCUCAUACAGAAGCUCAUAUGUGAGGCAGGCUCCAGCAUGGAUGAGAGCUCCAGUGAAACACACAGGAGCUCUAACAAGUACGGCAAUGCAAGUGAGUCCCAGAAACAAGUUUCAGUCGGACAACCAUGUUCAUCCAUGGAUCAGCUUGAUGGUUUAAGUCAAGUAAAUGAGCAAUUCAUUGGCCAACUUGUGGAUUCUGUGAUGAAGCUGUGUCAACUCAUGGCCCAAGAAAGUGCUGCAGACUUAGCAAACGGCAACUUUUCGGAUGAUCACGCUGCUUCUUGA